AUGAUCAUGCAGUCCUCCUCCUUCCUCUUCGACUCGCCUAUCCCUCCGCAACUCGACCUCGUCGGUGCUCCCUCACCUCUCUUUCAGGUUCCUCCGACGCCCUCCGCUUCGUCUGCGUUAUAUCGGUCCAUUUCUAUCUCCCGUCAUCGCAAAAGAGGAUACCCAGAAGUAGAGCAUACUCGCGUCAAGGUCGCCCAGACACCCCAUCGCCCUCCGCCCCCGGUGCAUGACUACUUCGCCGACCUCGACGAGUCCUACGAUCACGAGGACCAUGACUUUCACCGACCAAGCCGCUACCGUGACUACCCUCGAACCCCUCUCGAUGAAAGCCUCACAGACUCCGGCAAAGAGCCCGAUGAGUUUCGACGUAAACGCUGCCGCCGUGAGGAUCCGUCCCUUGUCAUCGCUGCCUCGCCGUCCGGCAUAGACGAGAAGGCUCCCAUACCACCCGAACAGAUGCCGACUGUAGCUGGGCCGCUGCGCUGGAGCCGUGCGGUUCUGAACGUUGUUGGAAAAGUCUGGGACUUUUGCUGGUCCGGUCCGUUUCGCGGGUUCUACGCCGGCGGUGGACGAGGCUAUUCUAUCGACCCCCCACAGCCCCCGUCUGCAUCGGGCCUUGACGAAAAUCAACCACCUCUUACCUCUUUGCCUUCAUCCUCCGCCAUUUCUAUCCCUUCUACCGAGAAAGAGACGGUCUCUUUGCCAGGCGAAUACCCGCUAGAUGCUAGGGAGGGAGACAUCAACGGUAACUGGGUUCUAGUUUCUCCGCGAGAGGGAGCGACAAGCUUCGGCAGCCCGUCAACUCGUCCUCGUUCACGACGAGCGCAUGUCCCACGCGGCCGGGUUGUGCAUCGCCGAAGCCCAUCGAAAAAAGCACUUGCCUCGCAUCCAUCUUCAAAUUUCUCAUCCCUUGCUCAGCCACAUGAGAGUCCAGUUUCAGUGCAAACGCAACGCUAUAUUGUGCAGCAACGUCGGCGAGAACGUGAAGAAGAUGCGAGCUUACAACGCUUGAAUCGACAGCUUCAAGCGAUGAUCCAGGAGGGCAAACAAGCAUUAGGAACACGCAUCGAGGUCGACGACGUCGACAUGGAAGAUUGA